AUUAAUGUUAUAUCUUUAGACAUCAUGAAUGUCUAACUUCAUGUUUAACUUGUAUUACAGAUGAUAGUUGUCCAUAUACAUGAUAUACAAGCGAAUCAUUAACUGUUAUGGACCUGCUGGGUGUAUGAAUUAACUACAGCUGAUAUGCUAUUACUUUUAUUCAGUCACACAACUAUACUAUUGAGAGUUGUAGCCCAACAUAAUCUGACACCGUUUGGCACAGCUACUCAGAGUUCUACGUAUAAGGGUGGUAUUCCUCAACAUGCUAUAAAACCCCCUGUAUCAAAUGUGUUUUCCUAUGGUAAUUGUUCACACACAGGCAAUACAAGACCAGCUUGGUGGAUGUUUCAAUUCUCAAUUGGAACUGCUUACAUCACAGAUAUCACAAUCUACUACAGGGAAAGAUGGUCUAAACGCAUGGAUGGAUUUAAGUUAUAUGUGACCAAUACAUCAGUCAUUCCACCUGCUGGUUAUCUUUGUUAUGAGGAUCCUGAUCCAGGUCUCCCGAACAUUACUCAGACUAUUUCAUGUAACAAACUCGGACGAUAUGUCAUUUAUUACGAUACUACAGGAGCAGAUGGUGCUCAGCCCAUAAUUGAACUUUGUUACGUUGCUAUUAUUGGUUGCCAAAAAGGUUUUUGGGGAAGUAACUGCGAAAAAGUGUGUUCCGAAUAUUGCACGGAACGACAUUGCUACCCUGGAAAUGGGUCUUGUAUUUUUGGAUGUAAAACUGAUUACUGUUUAAAUGAUAAUUGCAAUAAAUUUACCGGUAUUUGUACCGAUGGUUGCAAGGAAAGACGAACAGGAGACUUUUGUAACAAGUUAUCUAUAAACACAGCAGGAAGCGAUGACGACGAAGUAACUACUCGGAUUGGAAUUGUCAUUGGAGGAAUUCUUCUAGGCAUUCUUAUAACAGUUUUCGUGUGUUUUGUUAUUAAGAAAAAUCGGCAACUACCGAAAGAGCAAAGCAAAUAUAAUGUUUCAAAGAAAACACAGAGUCAUGAUCAGCAUCAUUAUGACGAUGUUGGAAUGGAAAAUGUAUCUUCCUAUCAAGAUCUAAGGAAAGACACAGGAGCAAACGAAUAUGACCAGAUAAACGAAACAUACGUCAAUCAAUAAUAAAUCCAAUCAAAGUUCGUCAACUACCAGAAAUAAACUAAAAAAACCUCAAUGAAUAUUAAGUACAGUUAAAUAAAAGAGCUUGAACUCAA